CACUUUGUCUGUUACGUCCACGACAAUGCGGCAAUCUGUUGCUCCCAAUCGCGUCUCUCAGACAAAUUCUGCUGCGGCAACCGCAAGGCUCCUUGAGAAAAAGAAAGAGUUCGAUGCGGUCAAUGCCCUCACUCGGGCCAGCGCAUUAUAUCUCGAACGUAUAGAGGGAUUAUCGACGGACUUUGACACCAUGGCGGAUGCGGGAGAAGUAUUCGGUGACGUUCUGGUGCAGUGGCCCAAAAUGUUCCAGAUAUUGAAUCUUUUUCUGGCAUCUCGCGCGGAAGAAAGCGACGGGCAAGCUCAAAGCAGUAGUGAUAAUAAGGAAAUACUAGUUCGGAUACCCAUCGAAGAAUUACAACAAACGGAAUCAACAGAGAAAGAAACUACAUCUGCGUAAAGACGAGCGGGUAAAGUAGAUUCGCUUGCCCUCAAUUGCAGUAACUGAAUGGACAUUUAUCAUGCAGGUGCAAGGAUCACGAUUUCACCGCAUUCUUUUUCUGUUCUUUCAGCAUAGCAAUCCGCUGGCAAACAUCAUCAGGAAAUGUGGCUGAUGCAAAGAACAUGUUCUGACCUGCUUCCUUUCCUCUUUCCUUCGGGCCAUUUCUGCUGCUCGUUCCUCCUUAGUCAGGGAGGCAGUCGCGGGAGGACUUCUAUUCCAGUCGUCUAUUCCUGACGAUGACG